CAUCUAUUCUCAAGUAUAUCUUGAUAUCAUCCCAAGUCUGACUGAUUCCUGAUCAUCCUGUAUGACAUGCACAAGGCGUAACCUUUCACUCUUUGACGGUCUUUGUCAUUGACCAACCUUGAAAUGCGGACCACCAGUGGACCAACAUUCACAGAUCACGUGCUUCGAGCUCCGGUGCGGUUCCCAGGUUCUUUGUGGCAUUUGUGGUCUACGUCCAUUUCUGUCGGGCAAUUAGCCUUGCUAAUAUUCGGGGGGAUGAUGGUUUCGUUGGCCAUAGUCUGUGCCUCUCGAGAUCUUGCUCCAAUAUCGCGUCUUCAUUUGUGCUGCAAUCAAGUAUUCUGCGACGGAACGUUAUAAUCCUAGAGCAACGAUCGAGAAUUCGAGAAGUCUAAACAAAUCUGAGAUCAAAAGUAAAACUCUGAGACACCUUCUCACGGCUUCGACUUGCAUCCCUUUAUGCUGG